AUGUUAGCUGUUGUCGCGUUAUACAAUAAAUGUGAGAAGUCCUCCCAAAACGAAUAUUUAAGUUGUUUCAGUCGAUUUCUAAUUGCCUACAUUGAUAUAUUUUUAUUUCUCGUUAAGGUGAACGUCCCAAAGUCGAGGAAGACCUUUUGCAAGGGGAAGAAAUGCAAGAAACACACUUUACAUAAAAUUACCCAGUACAAAAAGGGCAGAGAUUCUCUGUUUGCCCAAGGUAAAAGACGUUAUGACAGAAAACAGAGUGGUUAUGGUGGUCAGACGAAAGUCAUCUUCCGUAAAAAGGCCAAGACCACAAAGAAGAUCACACUGAGACUGGAGUGCACAACCUGUAAAUACAGGAAACAGUUGUCUAUCAAAAGAUGUAAACAUUUUGAACUUGGAGGUGACAAAAAAAGGAAGGGCCAGAUGAUCCAGUUCUAAUUGUGAAGUUUUCUGUAAAAUAUAAAAAAAAUAAAGAGAAAAAACCUA